AUGGGCGACUCUGAUCAGAGCGACGAUGAAGAAGGCUCCCUUAGAAGAGCGUUUGAGCACGUAAAGUCACUGCGGGACGAGAACGCGGUUCUGCGGCAGAACUUUGAAGACCGCCACCAGGAGCGCCGCUAUGAGGAGCUGUGUGAGCGGUGGCGCGGCGAACUGGAAAGCAGGCAGCGGGAGCUAGAGGAUGCACAAAGACACGUUAUGACAGCAGAGGACGUGGAGGCGCUGCGCCUGCGCAUGGUGGAGCAGCUGGAGGGCCCCCAUCGUGCGCGCUGCACGGCGCUCGAGCAGGAGGCCGAGGUGGCCCAUCAGCAGGCGGUGCAAGCGCGGCGCGAGGCGGAGCGGCUGCAGAUGGACAUGGAAGCACAGGUGGCCCGCGCCACGCAGGCGCUGCUGGCCAGAGUGCACGAGCUUGAAGCAAGCGAGAGGGCUAAAGACACGCAGGUGCAGCGGCUCACAAGCGAAGCAGCCGUGCACCAGGGCGGCGCUGAGCGGUGCGCUGCGUUGGAGCGGCAGGUGGAGGCGGGCCGGGCGGAGCGGGGAGCGCUGCUGCGCGAGGUGGAGCAGGUGCGCAGCGACAAGGAACGAGCGGUGGUGGACAAGGAGCGGGCCAGCAUUGAAGCGGAGCGGCAGGCGCACACACUGCGGGCGGAGGCGGCGCAGCAGCGGCGACAGCUGGAGGCCGCGCGGCGGCGCUGCCAGCACCUGGAGAGCGAGGCCCAGCAGGCGGGGGCGGAGCGGGAGGCAGCGCGCCAGCGCGUGGGGCAGCUGGAGCAGGAGCACCAGCGCGCCUCCGCGGGGGCCGAGAGGACCAUCCACACUCUUGAGUCCGCGGUGUUCGACUUAGAGGCGCGGCUGGAGGCAGCGAUGCAGGAGGGGGAGGAGCAGCAGCGGGAGCAGCAGGCGGCGCUGGAGGAGAAAGAGGCGCUCAUCGCGGGGCUGGAGGAAGCGCACCGCGAGCAAACGGCCACCCUCUCCCAGGACUGCGCGCGCAAGGUGCAGGACGAAGAGGAGCGACAACGCGCUUUGCGGCGCAGCCUGGAGGGGGAGGCCGCCGACCUGCGCGCCGCAGUGACGGCCCUGGAGGAGGCUGCACGCAUAGCGGAAGCGCGCCACGCGGACCAGCGGGAGGCCGCGCAGCGCGAGCUGGAGGGGGCGCGGCGGCAGGUGCAGGAGGGGGAACUGGAGCGGGCGGCGCUGCGCGGCGCGGCGGCCCAAGCACGGCACGACAAGGAGCAGGCGGACAGCGAGGCGGCCGCGGCCAGGCAGGACGCGGCGACGGCAGAGGGGGAGAGCGAGGCGGCAAGGGAGCGGCAGCGGGAAACAGAGCAGGCGCUCCGUGAAACGAAGCAGGAGUGCGACCGGCUGCAGCAGAGGCUGGAGCGCACGGAGCGACAGCUGGCGGAACUGGCGGCGGUGGCGGCAACGGAAAGGGAAGAGCUGCAGGCACAGCUCGAGGCGGAGAAGCUCAUCCAGUACGAGAGGGGACACAGGAGCGGCCGCGAGGAGGCGCAGCGGGCAGCAAGCGCUGCCGCCGACCGGGAAGCGGCCAAAGUGGCCGCGUUGAAGAAGAAGCUGCAGCAGCACCGGCAGCUGCUGGCCGGCGUCGCGGCGGAGACAGCCGUCGCAGGGGGCCGACCAGCGGGAAACGCCCACUGGCCCGCGGAAAAGCAGAGCAGAGGCCGGUCAGGUGUCGCUGCCGACGCGGGCGGGAAGGCGAGCUGGGAGACGGCGUGGUACCGGAGCCAGAUUGACAUGCUGCGGGACAGGCAGGCCGCCUUCCUCCAUACAUGA